UAGGAGAUGACACCACUCCAACAUAUCUAGGCUAUGGAGUAGAAACAGAUAAACGGUUCAUUUAUUGACAACUCUCAUAAUAACAGUGGGCUAUUUGAUCAUACUUUGCCACGUGUAGGCAAUCAUUGGAGACUUAGACAGUGGACAAUUACCUUGGAGAACUACUUUUAGAAUAGAAUGAAUAGAAACAUUAUCCUAAAAGACUCAAUUUCGACAGUUGUUUGCAGGUCUGCAUAGCGUUAUGGUGCCAUAACUGGAGUUUUACAGACUGCUGACACAGCUAUGCAAUCAACUCAGACAACCUCGAUUCACUACACCAUGCACGACUUAAAUGAAUCUCAAAUCUUACCCAUUUCAAGGGCUACAGGAUGCAACUUCUUCCCUAACCAACCAACCGGACACUGCUCGGAUCCAGCGCAUGGCCAGCUGAAGUUUGACUCUCAUUCUUUGCUGGAAUAUAAUGGGAAUAACGGUCUCUACAGUCCCGGCAUGUAUGAGUUUGGGUUCCCCACCUCUUACGGUUGUUACGGAUCUUAUAUGGGCUCUUCACCUCUCACCACGGACACAGAGAAAGAGCCAGAAGUCCGAAUGGUAAAGGGAAAACAAAAGAAAGUCCGGAAGCCCAGAACCAUCUACUCCAGCCUGCAGCUGUGCGCGCUCCAGUGCAGGUUCCGAACGAGGCAGUAUCUGGCGCUACCUGAGCGUGCGGAGCUGGCCGCUUCACUGGGACUCACACAGACACAGGUGAAGAUUUGGUUCCAGAACCGUCGCUCAAAGUUGAAGAAGCUAUGUAGAAACAGCCAGAUGCCACUGGAACAGCCGGAGACCCCGUGUGCCUCCCCUAGGUCCAGCAGCUCUCCUCAGGCUACAACGGUGCACUGGGCCCCCCAUGGUAUUACUGAGACAGGAGGCUCAAGCAAUGAGCAGAACUGUAUCCCUCCAAGCAACUCAUCCUUUUACAGUAACUACUCUUGGUACUCGGCAACAGACUCUGUGGCACUCUCCCAGCAGAGUCCAGUACUAUAUCAGCCACACAAUCCUUCAGUUGAUGUGGGUUCAAUUUAUUGA